ACACCAAUCCCAAUCUCUACUACAGCUUCCCAUUACUUUAAGCCAUCAUGGUCAAAGAAGCCAUAAUCAUCGGAGGCUCCAACGCCGGCCUAAUGCACGGCAUCAUGCUCAAGCACCACGGCUACACCGUGACAAUCCUUGAGCAGCAAGAAGCCUCAACAGCGCGCCAAGGCUUCGACGCCGGAAUCCACAUGGGCCCGGACGUGCAGAGUUUCCUCAAGGAGCACGACCGCGUACGCCGCGACUUUACCGUUACCUGCACGCCGUCGGUGAAGUAUAAUGUGCAUGGGCGGCCGAAACUGGAACGCGGGCAGACGCUUGUCAUGACUAGCUGGGGCUUGCUGUGGACGAUCUUAAGGGCGAAUUUUGAGUGGUAUAGGUCGGAGAUUGUGCCUGUGGCGCCGAGGGCUGGGGAGACGGACGGCGUGGUGGAGUACAGGAAUGGGGCGCGCGUGGUUGAUGUUAGGGACGUUGGCGAUAGGGUGGAGGUGAGGUUCGAAGAUGUGCGUGCGCAGACGGGGCACUCGAUCUCCGCGGACCUUGUGAUUGUAGCGGAUGGGUCGGGCUCGUCCAUGCGCAGCGUCUUGAUGCCAGGCGUCACGCGCCAGUACGCGGGCUACAUGUGCUGGAGAGGAACUGUCAAGGAGCGCUUGAUUGACGACGAGACGAACAAGCUGUACGCCGAGCACGUCAAGACGCAACUGAUGAAGAGGAACUACAUCAUCAUGUACACCAUUCCGACCGACGAGGGAGACCUCGCGCCCGGGGAGCGUCUGCACAAUUGGGUAUGGUACCAAAACCUGCCUGACGACUCUGCAGAGAUGGAUGAAAUCUUCACCGACAUCAACGGCAAGAAGCACCUGGGAACAGUUCCACGCGGCCUUGUGCGGCCAGAGGCUUGGGAAAAAGUAAAGGAGCGAGCUUCGUCUGCGCUGCCAGAGGGAUUAGCAAGCAUCAUCCACAAGACGCCCGCGCCAUUCGUAACCAAGAUCUUCGACGUGGCGUCGCCAAAAGCGCUCUUUUUUGGUGGCAAGCUGUUUCUUGUGGGCGAUGCCCAGAUUACGUUGAGGCCGAAUGCGGGUAUGAGUACGCAACAUGCUGCGUAUGACUGUAAUAUGCUGGAGCAGGUUGUUAAAGGGGAGAUGUCGCCAGAGGAGUGGGAAAGGGCUGUGCUCAGAUAUGGCGCUGCGCAGCGGAGGUAUGCCAUAUUGUUGAGCUCGUUUGGAUUGCAGAGCAAGUUGACUGCGGUGUGGAAUCUGACGUGUUGGCUUCUUUUGCUCCUUGGGCAGAGAUUGGGGCUUGCUUGAUGGAGUCGAUGGCGAACUCCUGGGUAAAAGCUUAAGGUCCACAAUUGAGACGUUUUGUAACUCACAAUACCAUUCAUCUCGGGCCUCUCUCUUAAGUAGAGCCCGACACUACGCACUUUUCCGUCGCUCCAGUGCCUUUUGAAUCUCCUCCUC